GCCUUCAUCGUCCGCAAACGGCGUGCGCGUUCACGGGUGCGUUGCGCGGUCACGCGUUUCUGCUGUCACGAGCCUCCUCCGAGCCGUGAGAGGAAGCCUGAAGCUGGACAAGCACAGCGGAUGUCCAUCACAGAGGACGUUUGGUCUUCAUUCGGGGCCCGUGGGGUAUAAAAGGUCGCCGUUGCGCCGUCAUAUCGCCGCUUGGCAGUAAGACUCCGCUGAGGUUCUUCGUCGGUCAGCGAUGUGCUUCAGUAUUUGAAUGAUACUGCUAGACAGCUAGCUCGCUAGCUGACCAGCUAGCUUAACGGUGCGUGACACGAAGUAACUUAACGACAAAUUGUCUAACGACAGUAUAUUUUUGACAUUUUGUCACCUUAAUCUCGGACACAUCUACUCAGCGGUAAUUUGUAGUCAAAUGAAGUAGUGCCUAAAGCGAACCGCGUCGCCUGUUAUCCCAGAUAGAUACGGAUUGAAUGAAAUAACGUUAGCUCGCUGUAGCAGCGGAAACGGUCCCGUUCUCCGGGAUAACAUUCAUUUAUCCUGCUGCUUGAUUCACUGCCGCCAACCGAGUCCGGUAAAAGCUAUCUGAGCUAGCUAGCUAUAAGCGCUGAGUGUCGUUAGUGGGGCAAGAGCCAGACGGUCCGAAAGUUCCAACCAACGACUGGAGCUGCGAAGCUGCUAGCUACUCCUGAACGUCAAGUUGGCCAUAUUUCCCGGUCCGGAGAGAAAAGCUGACCAGCUUUAGUUAGUUUCUGCGAACAAGGCCGGAGAGGACAACCACCUGCAAAAAUGCCGGCUGUGUCGAAAGGAGAUGGAAUGCGCGGGCUGGCUGUCUUUAUAUCGGACAUCAGAAACUGCAAAAGCAAGGAGGCAGAGAUCAAACGAAUAAACAAAGAGCUAGCCAACAUCCGCUCAAAGUUUAAAGGAGAUAAGGCCCUGGAUGGUUACAGCAAGAAGAAGUACGUCUGCAAGCUCCUCUUCAUCUUCCUGCUCGGCCAUGACAUUGACUUUGGACACAUGGAGGCAGUGAAUCUGCUGAGCUCCAACAAGUACACAGAGAAACAGAUCGGUUACCUGUUUAUCUCAGUGCUGGUGAACAGCAACAGUGAGCUGAUCCGUCUGAUCAACAACGCAAUCAAAAAUGACCUGUCCAGCCGCAAUCCCACCUUCAUGUGCCUGGCGCUUCACUGCAUCGCCAAUGUGGGAAGCCGUGAGAUGGCGGAGGCCUUUGCCAGCGAGAUUCCUCGCAUCCUGGUUGCUGGUGAUACAAUGGACAGUGUGAAACAGUCUGCUGCCCUGUGCCUGCUUCGGCUGUACAAGACUUCUCCUGACUUGGUGCUGAUGGGGGAGUGGACCUCUCGUGUGGUGCAUCUGCUCAACGAUCAGCACAUGGGAGUGGUGACGGCAGCCAUUUCUCUCAUCACCUGUCUGAGUCAGAAGAAUCCAGAUGAGUUCAAGACCUGCGUUUCCUUGGCUGUUUCCCGCCUCAGCAGAAUCGUGUCGUCAGCGUCAACCGACCUGCAGGAUUACACCUACUACUUUGUGCCAGCACCCUGGCUGUCCUGCAAACUGCUGCGCCUGCUGCAGUGCUACCCUCCACCAGAAGAUGGGGCUGUCAAGGGCCGCCUGGUUGAGUGUCUGGAAACAAUCCUCAACAAAGCACAGGAGCCCCCCAAGUCGAAGAAGGUGCAGCAUUCCAAUGCCAAGAAUGCUAUCCUGUUCGAGGCUAUAGCUCUCAUAAUCCACUACGACAGUGAGCCAAACCUCCUGGUGCGAGCCUGCAACCAGCUGGGCCAGUUCCUGCAGCACAGAGAGACCAACCUGCGCUACCUGGCGCUGGAGAGCAUGUGCACUCUAGCCAGCUCCGAGUUUUCCCAUGAAGCCGUCAAAACGCACAUCGAGACCGUUAUCAACGCUCUGAAGACUGAAAGAGAUGUAAGUGUCCGGCAGAGAGCAGCUGACCUGCUGUACGCCAUGUGUGAUCGCAGCAACGCUAAGCAGAUUGUGGCAGAGAUGCUCAGCUACCUGGAGACUGCAGACUACUCCAUCAGAGUGCUGAAGGUGGCCAUCCUUGCAGAAAAGUAUGCUGUGGAUUACUCCUGGUAUGUAGACACCAUCCUGAACCUCAUCCGCAUCGCUGGGGACUACGUCAGUGAGGAGGUGUGGUACCGCGUCAUCCAGAUCGUCAUCAACAGAGAUGACGUGCAAGGCUAUGCUGCCAAGACUGUUUUUGAGGCCUUGCAAGCCCCCGCCUGCCAUGAAAACAUGGUGAAAGUUGGAGGCUACAUACUGGGAGAGUUUGGAAACCUGAUUGCUGGUGACCCACGUUCCAGCCCCCUGGUCCAGUUCAACCUGCUCCACUCCAAAUUCCACCUGUGCUCUGUGCCGACUCGUGCGCUGCUGCUGUCGGCCUACAUCAAGUUCAUCAACCUGUUCCCAGAGACCAAGGCUACCAUCCAGGAGGUGCUGCGCUGCGACAGCCAGAUCCGAAACUCUGACGUGGAGCUGCAGCAGCGAGCCGUGGAAUAUCUGAAGCUCUCUUCCAUCGCCAGCACCGAUGUUCUGGCCACUGUGCUGGAGGAGAUGCCUCCUUUCCCAGAGAGAGAGUCUUCCAUCCUGGCGAAGCUGAAGAAGAAGAAGGGGCCUGGGGCUGUGUCUGUGACGGAAAUGGAGGACGGCAAAAGGGAGGGCGGGGAGCUGAACGGAGGAGGAGACCGGGGGCCUGACGCAACAACCAUGGCCGCCUCAAACGCUUCCACCCCUUCUCCGUCGGCUGACCUGCUGGGGAUUCGCUCUGCUGCUCCAGUGAGCGCCGCUCCGACCAGUGCAGGCAGCUUACUGGUGGACGUGUUUUCAGAGGCAGGACCUGCUGCAUCUUCUGCUGCUGUCAAUGAUGAAGGUUUCCUGAGAGAUCUGGAACCGCCCACUGAGACAUCUGAUUCGCUAUUGGUGGAGGGUUCUGGUGACUCUGACUCUGCUCCUCCCUCUGAGGAUCCUGCUCCUCCUCUGUCUGAAGCUGACGAGCUGCUGAACAAGUUUGUGUGCAAGAAUAACGGCGUUCUGUUUGAGAACCAGCUGCUUCAGAUCGGCAUCAAGUCAGAGUACCGUCAGAACCUGGGGAGGAUGUACUUGUUCUAUGGCAACAAGACUUCAGUGCAGUUUGCCAGCUUCACCACCACCGUCAGCUGUCCUGGAGAGCUGCAGUCUCAGCUGAAUGUUCAGUCCAAACCUGUGGAGCCACUGGUGGAGGGGGGGGCCCAGAUUCAGCAGGUCCUCAACAUCGAGUGUCUGACUGAUUUUUCUGAGGCCCCGCUGCUGAACAUCAAGUUCAGAUAUGGAGGAGCUUUGCAGAAUCUGACCCUCAAGCUGCCCGUCACCAUCAACAAGUUCUUCCAGCCAACCGAGAUGGCGUCACAAGACUUCUUCCAGCGCUGGAAACAGCUGAGCCAGCCUCAGCAAGAAGCACAGAAGAUAUUCAAGGCUAAUAACAGCAUGGACACAGAAGUUCUGAAAGCAAAGUUGCUGGGGUUGGGGAUGGCCCUGCUGGACAAUGUGGAUCCGAACCCAGAGAACUAUGUGUGCGCUGGAGUGAUCCAGACUAAGGGCCAGCAGGUGGGCUGCCUGCUGAGACUGGAGCCAAACGCACAGGCACAGAUGUACCGUUUGACUCUGCGGUGCAGCAAAGAUUCUGUGUCCAGGCGUCUCUGCGAGCUGCUGGCAGAACAGUUCUGAAGAACGGACCCCCCCACCAUGACCAGUACUCCCAGCAUCCCCACCAGCACCCUGUUUCCCAGGCCCUCCUGCCACACCUGUCCUCCCUCCAGCAGAGAAUCUCUGAGAAAAAAGGUUUAACCUACAGAAGGGAAACGCAGCCGCUGCAAGCAGCAGCAAUAUUUUGUCAUUUUUCUUGUCCCAGAUUCUGAUUCCUGUUCAUCCUCUACUUGUUUAUUAACAUGAUGCUACAAUCUUGUUUUGUUGGUUUACCUGUGUAGCUGGUGUGUAAGUGGUGAGGAGUGUGUGUGAGUGUUUGGGGGGUGUCCCAUGGUUGUGCUCCGGAUGCGCUGUGUUCCUGACACACAUUCAUUUGUACAACAUUCCUUAAGGCUGAAUGGGAGGGGCUUAUGAUAGCACAUUCACUUAUCCCGUCUCACCUGCACACAGGUAUAGGGGGAGCCUCCGAUGGGUCGGUCGAGCAUUCCAGGUCUAAGCGCUCUCAGAGCGCUGGAUCCACUUUCAAACCUCACUCCUUAAACCCCUCCCUCCUGUGGAGCACGCUAACCCGUCAUGUUCCCAGGAGGAUGCUGAAGAGAGGCUCGGAGUUCAGGCUGUUGGGGUGGAGGUCCCUCAGCAGCUCCGUAUCUGUGAUCUUCAUCACAGGAUGAAACCCCGACCCAGCUUCAUAACACAACCUCCCCUCUCCUCCUCCUCCUCGUUUGGUCAGAAGCUUCUCUGUAAGACGAGCUCCAUGCCUGGCGUCUGCUCCUUCCUGUUCUCCACUGCUCACAUCUGACUGAAGGCGGCUGCAGCUCACUGCUCCCUCCUCUUUUUUAGGUUUCUAUUUUUUUUGAAGAUUUGUACAGCGGGGGCAGCUAAACCAAACACUACCCCACCCUGACGUGAAGUAGUGGCUGUUCCUGCAGCUCCAGCUAAUCACCUUUCUGACAAUGACACUAAAACAACUACCCAUCAGCCCUCUGCAGCUCCGUCUUCACCGGGCUUCUCAUCACAAACGAGCACUGACAGGGGAGGGGGGUGAGGAUGCGACACCCAGACAUCCGUCACAACUACAGGGACAAUGAACACGAGUGUGAGUGUAAGUGUGACUGGAAACAGGUGAGGAAAAAAGCCUAAAGACAUUUCUAAUACAUGGUCACAUUAUAUUCUGCGGUGGCUUUGCCAUCACAGGGAUUUCGUAGUGGAAAAUGUAGUCAGUUUGUCAUUCUGUGAGUGCGUACGUGAGUUUGUGUGUGCGUGUGCGUGCAGUAUCCACUAGCUAAUGCAGCCUCAUGUAUCGGUGUUAAGAAACUGUCCUAUACCUGUGUUAGAAUUAAGAUUUACUCUGUAAUGAAAAGAAAUGUGAAAGUAAAAUUAUGCCAUAUAUAUCUGA